CGAACCAAUGCCAUAGUCUGAUUUUUCUGCAGCGGUACAUGGUUUUGAGAGUUUGCAACACUAGGAAGGCGAAUUUUACUGUAGACGAGAUUCGUGGGAUGAUGGACAAGAAGCGGAACAUCCGCAACGUGUCCGUGAUCGGUCACGUUGACCAGGGAAAAUCCACCCUGACGGACUCGCUUGUCUCUAAAGCCGGUAUCAUCGCCAACGCGAGAGCCGGCGAGACUCGGUACACCGACACCCGUAAAGACGAACAGGAAAGAUGUAUGACCAUUAAAUCCACUGCCAUUUCUAUGAAGUUUGAACUGGAAGAAAAAGAUUUAGUGCUCAUCACAAACUCAGACCAGCGUGAGGAAAGUGAAGACAGAUUCUUGAUCAACCUGAUUGAUUCACCUGGGCAUGUUGACUUUACCUCUGAGGUGACAGCAGCUCUGAGGGUCACUGAUGGAGCUCUUGUGGUGGUGGAUUGUGUUUUGGGUGUAUGUCUGCAAACUGAGAUAGUGUUGCGUAAGGCCAUAGCUGAGCGUGUUAAACCCAUCCUGUUCCUGAACAAGUUGGACAGUUUGUUACUUGAAUUCCAAGUGGAGUCUGAAGAGUUGUACCAAACCUUCCACCGUAUUGUGGAGAACUUCAAUGCACUCAUUGCCACAUAUGCUGAUGAUAGCUGCCCCAUGGGUGAGGUACGCGUGGACCCCAGCAAGGGUUCCGUAGGCUUCGGCUCCGCGCUCCACGGGUGGGCGUUCACCCUCAAGCAGUUCGCCGAGAUGUACGCCGACAAGUUCAAGAUUGAUCUUGUCAAGCUCAUGAACAGACUCUGGGGUGACAACUUCUACAAUGACACGACCAAGGAGUGGGCGAAGCAGAAGGACGAUGGAAACAAGCGCUCGUUCUGCAUGUACGUGUUGGACCCCAUCUACAAGGUGUUCGAUGCGAUCAUGAACUUCCGCAAGGAGGAAAUCAGCACCCUGCUGACGAAGAUUGGCGUCCCCAUCAAGCCCGAGGAUGCGGACAAGGAUGGAAAGGAAUUGCUUAAAGUAGUGAUGCGAUCCUGGUUGCCCGCCGGCGAGGCUCUGCUGCAGAUGAUUGCCAUCCACCUGCCGUCCCCCGUGGUGGCGCAGAAGUACCGUAUGGAGAUGCUGUACGAAGGACCCCACGACGACGAAGCCGCUAUUGGAAUCAAGACCUGUGAUCCCGAAGCACCACUGAUGAUGUACGUGAGCAAGAUGGUACCGACCUCCGAUAAGGGUCGUUUCUACGCCUUCGGACGAGUGUUCUCCGGCAAGGUGAUCACUGGACAACGGGUUCGCGUCCUGGGCCCAAACUACCAGUGCGACAAGAAAGAGGAUCUGUACGAGGAGACCAUCGAGGGUGCAAUCGUGAUGAUGGGUCGUUACGUAGAGGCUAUUGCAGAAGUGCCGUCCGGUAACAUCUGCGGGCUGGUCGGCGUCGACCAGUUCCUCGUCAAGACCGGCACCAUCACCACUUUCAAGAACGCGCACAACAUGAAGGGAAUGAAGUUUAGCGUGUCGCCUAUCGUUCGCGUUGUCGUAGAGCCCAAGGACCCCGAAGACCUGCCCCAGUUGGUCGAGGGGCUAAAGCGACUCGCCAAGUCCGACCCCACGGUGCAGUGCAUCGACGAGGAGUCUGGAGGACACAUCGUCGCCGGCGCAGGAGAGUUACAUCUCGAGAUCUGCCUCAAGGAUUUAGAAGAGGACUACGCGUGCGUUCCUAUUAAGAAAUCUGACCCCGCAGUGUCAUACCGUGAGACGGUAGCCUAUACGUCCGAACAGAUGUGCCAGUCAAAGUCCUCCAAUAACCACAACUGUCUGUUCAUGAAAGCGACGCCCAUGCCCAUCAGUCUAGUAACGGACAUAGAUGAUGAUAAAGUUAAUCCACGUGACGACCUCGAAACACGUGCCCGUUAUUUGGAAGAGAAAUACGAGUAUGACGUGACCGAAGCGCGUGAGAUCUGGUGCUUCGGUCCCGAGGGCACCGGCCCCAACAUCCUGGUGGACUGCUCCAAGGGAGUGCAGUACCUCAACGAGAUCAAGGACUCUGUGGUAGCAGGCUUCCAGUGGGCGGCCAAGGAGGGUGUCAUGGCUGAGGAGAACUUGAGAGGCGUGCGGUUUAACAUCUUUGAUGUUACGCUGCAUACAGACGCUAUCCACAGAGGUGGUGAUCAAAUCAUUCCGGCAACUAGAAGAUGUCUAUGCGCAUGUCUGCUGACGGCCGGACCCAGGCUCUUGGAGCCUCUGUAUCACUGUGAGAUUCAGUGUCCCGAGGAUAUCGUGGGAGCUAUAUACGGCGUGAUGACCAGACGGCGUGGAUACGUGUCCAAGGAGACCCCGGUGGCGGGAACCCCUAUCGUCGUUGUGAGUGCGUACCUGCCCGUGGUCGACUCCUUCGGCUUUGUGGAUGAAUUGCUCUGCAACACCGGAGGCCGGGCAUCCGCGCAGUGCGUGUUCGACCGUUGGCAGAACCUGCCCGGAGACCCGUCUGAGCCUGGGUGCUGGCCCUACAACGUCGUUAUGGAUGUUAGAAAACGGAAAGGACUAAAGGAAGUUUUCCCAGAUUUAACUGAAUACUUAGACGAGUUGUGAACGGCGGCAUAGCUAAUGCAAUUUACACGUAUCUAAAAGCUUGCCUCACGCAUUAUUUGCAUUUGGUUCGAAGAUUUUACAUUUAUUUUCGCGUCGCUUUUUAUUAGCGGGAGAAAUCAAAUAUAAUAUUUAAAUAUUUAACAAGAUGUAUUAUUGUUUAUCACCUGUGAUAAAAUUGCUGUAAUCAAGCAAAUGUAUUAUGGUUUUUUGUAAUAUAAGUUUUACUACGACAUUAUCUACUAGAAUUAUCUAAAUGCAGCGCAAAACAAAUUUUUUCGAAUAAGCGGGUAGUUACACAAAUAAUAAGAAGCAAAAACAUAAGACCCUAAAACAAAGAAUAUUGUUUAUUUGUUAAGUAGAUUUUGCAUUUUUUCCUGUAAAUAAACAUAAAUUUGGAUUCUUUUGCUUCAGGUGGCAGUUU